AUUGGAAUCUCUUCCAACUCAUCACCCGAUCUCUUUCGAUUUAUGUGUAAGUCGCUGGUACAAUCAAACCAUUAAUUUUCAUUCGCGAGUGACAAAGGGUACGAGCCGUUUGAUGUAAACUUCAACGGCUGGAACCCGAUAUUCCUUCGCGCGAAGUUCCAACCAUGCCGGGAGGAAUAGCGAGAAAAUGGUCACAGAGAGAAACCAAACUUUUCAUUCUCUGUAGAGAGAGAUACACACCCUUUCAUGCUCUGUAGAGAGAGGAACCCUUAAUUCUCUACUAUCUCAUCUUCCUCGACAGAGAAGCUCUAAUUCUCUACUAUCUCAUCCUCGUCCUUUAGAGAGAGAAACAGAGAAACUCUGUCGUUUUUCUAGAGAGAGAGGCUUUAACUCUCUCCUCUCUCAUCCUCUAGUCAUGGGGAUAUGGGCCUCAAAACAUGUGGAAGAAACCCUAACCCACUCUCAUGAAUUCCACAUGGCCUGCAACUCCAUCUACGAAGACUCAGUGUCUCUCUGUCAACACUUGUUUCCAGGGAUCCUCCCUUACCAGCUCUCCGAUGCUUCAAACCGACUUCACCAGAAGCUCAAAUCCUCUCUCUCUCUCAUCCAAAAAUGGGUUCCAUUGCCACCAUCUCAGGUCCAAAUAGACAGGGCCCUGAAAAAAAUCGAAAUUGAGAAAGGAAAUGGCUGUGAAACCCUGACCCUAACCCUAGAUGAGUUCAAGGCCUUGGAGGUCGAGCUUUUCAGAGAUGCUGUGGUUUUCAAUGCUGGGAAAAUGGUUUUGCAGAGAGUUCCUAUUGGAAUUGGGAUAAUUUGGGGUUUGGGAAUAGGGACUGGAGUGAAAGGGGGUUUAAUGAGGAAGGCCAUGGCCGUUUAUUCCGUAGGAGUUGCAGGGUCUGUGUAUUUGAGCUUAUCUGGUUAGGGUUUUGGGGGUUGUGAGGAUGGAUUUUGGGGUUUCUUUUUGUUUGGUAAGGUUUCUGUGGG